AUGGGGAUCGGAGAUGACUUCAUUUUCCUCGUCUUCAGUUCAUAUACUAGCUACCCGGAGUUAAAUACACAGGCGACGAGGAGAGGGCGUACGUCCAUGAUGCGGCUGCCUCCUUCAGCUGGGGAUGAGACCAUCGACGAUCCGGCGGUGGAGCGUCAGUAUUCGUCAUCAGCGACGACGAAGCCGUGCUUUAGGACGACGACGAGGAGGAGGAGCGGCGUUGGAGUGGUCAUCGCGACCCUUGUGUUUCUUGCUUUGCUCGUCGGCACCAAAUGGAUCCACCUCGACGCUAGCGCUGCUUUCUACUCAUUCCUGCCGGCGACCGGCGUCAGCAGCUUCAGUCGGUCUGGAAGCGCUUCUCGCCGGACCCGCUCAUCCACGACGCCCCCCAUACUGAUACCAUUCAGCUGCGGCAACGACACGUCGACCCCGACAACACUCUGCCGUGCUUCACCGUCAGCACCAUCAGCGUCCUCAUCAUCACAAAAACGGAAGCAGUACUCUCCGGGUGUGCCGCCGCCGUGGUGCCCCGACUACUUCCGCUACAUCCACGCCGACCUCGAGCCAUGGCGCGCAACUGGGAUCACGCGAGAAGUGCUGGAGAGCGCCCAGCCCCACGCGGAGUUCCGCCUGGUGGUGGUGUCGGGGCGCGCCUACGUCGAGACGUACCGACCGUCGUUCCAGACGAGGGACGUGUUCACGCAGUGGGGCGUACUGCAGCUGCUCGCCCGCUACCCCGGCCGCGUUCCCGACGUCGACAUCAUGUUCUCCAGCUGGGACGUGCCCGAGCCCCCGAUGCAUCCCCCAGACUACUAUCCCGACAAAUCCGCCAUGCCGCCGCUCUUCCGCUACUGCAAGGACGAGAAGGUGGACCUCGCCAUCCUCUGGCCCGACUGGUCCUUCUGGGGCUGGCCGGAGGUGAACGUCCGUCCAUGGGGCCCGAUCAUGGAGGAGUUCGUCCGGGAGAACGCGCGCCUGCGGUGGCCGGACCGAGAGCCCUACGCCUUCUGGAAGGGCAACCCUGUCGUGGCGUGGGCGCGGCAGGAGCUCAUGAAGUGCAACAACGACUCCGCCACCGGGAAGGAGUGGAACGCGCGGCUGUUCACGCAGGACUGGGAUAACGCCACCCGCAACGGGUUCAAGGACUCUAACCUGGCCAACCAAUGUCGGUACAGGUACAAGAUCUAUGUGCAGGGGCGGUCAUGGUCGGUGAGCGAGAAGUACAUCCUAGCAUGCGACUCGCCCAUGCUAGUCAUCGACACCACGUUUAGGGACUUCUUCUCCCGUGGGCUAGUCGCCGGAAAGCACUACUGGCCAAUCGACCCCGCCAACAAGUGCAGCGCCAUCAAGUCCGCCGUAGACUGGGGGAACGCGCACCCUGCGCAGGCACGCCGGAUUGGCGAGGAGGGCAGCGGGUUCGCGAGACACGAGAUGGACAUGGAGUACGUAUACGAGUACAUGCUCCAUGUGUUGACGCGCUAUGCCGCUCUGCUCCGGUACAGGCCCACGGUGCCCGAGAAGGCCGUCGAGCUCUGCCCCGAGUCCAUGGCUUGCACAGCCCAAGGUCGAGAUAGGGAGUUCAUGAUGGAGUCCAGGGAGAGGUAUGUGGCCCGGUACGAGCCCUGCACGCUCCCGCCACCGUUCACCGCCGAGGAUACUAGGGAGAUGGCCGCCAAAGAAGAGGAUGUGCGAAGCAAAGUAGCCAAGAUGGAGGGGAGGUAG